GUCUUUAUAUCUUUUUGAUCUUCUUGCUCUCAAUGGCCAGUCAGUGUUGGAUUGUAACCUACUUGAACGCUUUAAUAAGCUUUGGAAGUGUGUAAUUCGCCCAUGGGAAUCUUUCCACAAAGAUAGCCCACACAAACCGCCAUUUAGAGUACUCCUUAAAGAAAACUUCAAGUCGUACCAUAUUGCGCAUGUCUUAAACACAGUGAUCCCUUCUUUGCCGCAUGAAAACGAUGGGCUUAUAUUUACACCGGUAUAUGCUCCAUACAUCAAGGGUACCUGUAAGCAGCUUUUCAAAUGGAAGCCAGCAGGCUUAAAUUCUGUUGAUUUUCGCAUACUCCUUGCACAGGAUUAUUCAAACCGAAACGACGUUUGGGAGCUUUGGGCAGGUAGCAUUACACGCCAUAUCGAUAGGGCCAUCGAAACAGGUUCCUCUGAUGAUCCCCCCACUGCAAAUUCGAUUGCAGAGCUGUUUUGGGAUCCAGAGUGGAAGACGCCCAUUGAAAACUUGGCAGCACAUCGCGACACUGAUGAUUCGAUAGCAUAUACAGCCGUCAGCAAUGGUGGCUGGCGGUUUCUUAGGUUGCGGAGAGAUAAACUGACCCCUAAUGACGUCAGAGUGAUCUCAAACAUCAACAAAUCCAUUUCCGACGGUUGCACCCAAGAUGAGGUAAGUAGGAAUAUCCAACCAUAG